AUUUAUAUGUAAAUAAUUUGUUCAUCUUUUGGAUUAAGCAGACUAUACCGGGAAUGGAGAAUUUUGCAGAUUCUUCUCUUGUUUCUGGCCUCCCACAAAUGGUUAUUGAGAGCAUUAAUAAAUGUGAUGUGGACAUUCGUAGAGAGUUGUUUAGCAGCAUUUUGCUUUCUGGUGGCACAGCAUCCAUGCAGCAACUAAAAGAGAGGCUUGAAAAGGAUCUAAUGGAGGAGAGUCCUCAAGCUGCAAGGGUGAAGGUAUUAGCUAGCGGAAACGCGACAGAGAGACGAUUCAGUGUAUGGAUAGGAGGGAGCAUUUUGGCUUCCCUUGGAUCAUUUCAGCAGAUGUGGUUCUCCAAAGGAGA